AUUCUUGUUCAGUACCCUAACAUCGUGGUUGAUGAUAUGGUUGAGCCUGAUGAGAAUGAAACACAGAAGGGAGCAGACUAUAAUGGCACAAUCCGUGUUUGGGGAAAUUUGGUGGCCUUCCUUGAGAGAAUAGAUAAUGAGUUCUUCAAGAGCUUGCAGUGCAUUGAUCCACACACGCGUGAAUAUGUUGAAAGACUGAGAGAUGAACCUAUGUUUUUGGUCCUUGCUCACAAUGUCCAGGAGUAUUUUGAGCGUAUUGGUGAUUUGAAAUCUGCUGCUAAAGUUGCUCUAAGGCGUGUUGAACUCAUCUAUUAUAAGCCUCAAGAGGUUUAUGAUGCUAUGAGGAAACUGGCUGAGCUAUCAGGAGAUGCUGAUGGAGAAAAAGAUGGUGAUGAGCCUAAAGUGGAGGAAAGUCGGGGUCCAUCUGCAUUUGUUGUCACUCCAGAGCUUGUGUCUCGAAAGCCUUCCUUUCCUGAGAAUAGUAGAGCAUUGAUGGAUAUCCUAGUGUCUCUCAUAUACAAAAGUGGAGAUGACCGGACCAAAGCCCGUGCUAUGCUUUGUGAUAUUUAUCAACAUGCCCUUUUUGAUGAGUUUUCUGUAGCUCGUGAUUUGCUGCUGAUGAGUCAUUUGCAGGAUAAAAUUCAGCAUAUGGAUGUUUCAACACAGAUACUUUUUAACCGGGCAAUGGCACAGGUUGGACUUUGUGCCUUCCGCGUUGGACUAAUUGCCGAAGGACAUGGCUGCCUUUCCGAACUGUAUUCUGGUGGGAGAGUGAAGGAAUUGCUUGCACAAGGUGUCUCACAAAGUCGAUAUCAUGAGAAGACUCCAGAACAGGAAAGGUUGGAAAGGAGGCGCCAGAUGCCCUACCAUAUGCACAUCAACCUUGAGCUUCUGGAGGCUGUGCAUUUGAUAUGUGCAAUGCUGCUUGAGGUGCCUAACAUGGCAGCCAACACUCUAGAUGCCAAACGGAAGGUGAUAAGUAAGACAUUUAGGCGGUUGCUUGAGAUGAGUGAGAGGCAGACAUUUACAGGUCCCCCUGAAAAUGUGCGCGACCAUGUAAUGGCUGCCACCAGAGCCCUUUGCAAGGGAGAUUUCCAGAAGGCCUUUGAUGUCAUUAAUUCCCUCGAUGUUUGGAAGCUUCUUAGAAAUCGGGAGAAUGUGCUCGACAUGCUGAAAGCCAAGAUCAAGGAAGAGGCUUUGAGGACUUACCUAUUUACUUACUGCUCAUCCUAUGAUUCGCUAAGCUUGGACCAGCUCACAAAAAUGUUUGACCUUUCAGAUUCCCAGACUCAUAGCAUAGUUAGCAAGAUGAUGAUAAAUGAAGAACUCCAUGCAAGUUGGGACCAGCCAACACGGUGCAUUGUCUUCCAUGAUGUUGAGCACUCAAGGUUGCAGGCUUUGGCAUUCCAGCUGACAGAGAAGCUUUCAGUACUUGCUGAAAGUAACGAAAGGGCAGUAGAGGCAAGAAUUGGUGGUGGUGGAUUGGAUCUGCCAUUAAGGCGGCGAGAUAACCAGGAAUUUGCUGCUGGGACAGCCGCUGUUGGUAGGUGGCAAGACUUGCCCUUCAGUCAGGGAAGGCAAGGUAGUUCUGGGCGUUCAGGAUAUAAUGCUGGUGGUAGACCAUUGGCAUUAGGACAGAGUGCUGGAGGUGGUUAUUCGAGGGAUCGGUCUGGUCAAUCAAGAGCACUAGGUGGGUAUUCUGGGAGGACAGGUUCAGGAAUGAGAGGUUCCCAGAUGGAUGCUUCAGCUCGCAUGGUCAAUCUCCACCGGGGUGUUCGAGGUUGAUACUCUGCAGUAAUCUUGAAGCUAAUUUUGUUUUUUUUUUAAUCUUAUAAGUUAUUUGCCUCGAGAAUUUUUAGAAGGCUUUUGAACUUUGAUUAUUGGAUUUUGUACUUUUCAUCUAUGGAUGUGAGAGCUAUGGGACUUAUUAUGGCAUUUGUCUGU